UUAUACUCAACUGCUUACCAAUGCUUUUGUAUAACAUUGUCAACAUUUGUUCGUCUGCAGGUCUUGUGAUCUAUGACUUAACGCCGACGGUUCUUUUGUUUACACCAAUAUUUAAACUAUUCAAUUAUGUUGAGAUGACAGAGAAUCUUACAAGCAGUUGGACACAAAGAAAAAUAUACAGAAAUAUGCCGCUUUGCAAAAAGCAAGAAUCUAAUGAUUCAAACUAUCAGCAUUCAACCAUGGAGGAUAUCUUACGGUCUAUGCAAGAAUGCAAUGCUAUUCGUUAUACAUCUUAUAGGACUGCUGCAAAAAUGCAAAUAUUAUACAAAGAACUGAAUAUGCAACAUGUACAACUGGGAUUAAUAGCAGGAGUUUUUGAACGUCAUAGACUAUCCAUCACUGAAAACUGUGUUAAUCUAGAUCCAAGUGAAAUUGAGGAUGUUCUCUCUGAUAUCUAUUUUGCAGCACAAAAAGAAAGUAAUUUCAAUUUUGAUGUUGAUCUUGUAACAAAGCUUGCUACAAGUUAUAUCUUACAUACUUUUGAUAAACAAAAUACUAGAAAUAUUUUGGUGUUCUCAGUCAAAGUUGCAUUAGUAUUAUUGAGUAAUGGUAGGUUGCAAGACAAAUAUGGAUAUCUGUAUCAACAGCUAGCUGACCAUAAUGCAUGUUUGUCCCGAGCCAGUUUGCAUACAUUAUUAACAAACAUCUGCAAAAUAACAGAAAUGCUUGGAGAAAGUAUAGCAUAUGGGUAUGAACAGAUUCAGCUGCAUAUAGAUGCCUGUUUUGUAAAGUCUCAAGGCUGUCUUGGAGUCACUGAAGCAGAAUUCGCCACAUGGAUCAUGCAGGAACCUCCUCUGUUGGUCUGGAUAACAACAUUUAAUCGAAUCAAAUCUGCAGAACACAUUAUCCACAACGUCAGAUGUUCCUCAUGUAAAGUGACACCAGUGCAGGGGCCGAGAUACACGUGCUUGAAGUGCACAGGAUACCACCAGUGCCAGGAUUGUUUCCUCUUGGGCAAAACAUCAAAUAAACACAAGCUGAAACAUCCGAUUCGCGAAUAUUGCGUGAAGACUUCACAUCGCGAAGUUACAAAACUGAUCAUUGAGCUAAUUAGGAAUAAGCUAAGACUGUGUCCUACUAGAACAGUAGCGAUAAAUGCAGAGGAUUCGAUCGCGGAUGCUGUCAGUAACGAUACAAGACGUGCAGAUUGUGGUUCACUAAGGAGCACAAUCAGGCGAAAGAUUCUCAGUGAUCCGCAAAAAGAAUUACAAAGUAUUAUAACGCACUUGGAGGAAGAAAACCGGCAACUGCAGAUCGAGCUGUUAGAUAUACGAGGCACCAAAGCGGAGAGGCUGCAACGUCAUAGAGCGACCAUCGAAUCUCAAUUGCAGCGACUAAAAACACUCAAGAAAUAUUUAUUUACCGACAUGGGUCAAGCGCCGCAGAUUAUCACUCGUAUGCAGAGCACUCCGAUGUUGCCGACCUUAUCGUCCAGAGUGGCAGCCUUGCCGUUAGAAUUUGAAUUAAGUCCGAUUAUCAGGCAAGAUAAUGUUCAACAAGGGAUCAAGUUGCAUCAUAGAAAAGACAAAGUAACACCGAGUAGUUUCGAUACGUUACCUAUGGAACACACGGCGGAAGAGGACAACGCUAAUGCUCUUUCCUGUACCGAAGAAGCUUCCACGAGUUCUGGAUUUAAUAUACCGGAAAACAGUCGUAUAGAAUUAAGCACGUGGAUCGGAGGCAAGUGUAGAACGCAAUUGGAAGUGAUCAUUAAUAGCAGCAUGUUUAUGAACGUACGUAUUUCAUUAUCAGGAACAAGAAGGGGAGAAUUAAACCCCACCGAUAGUGGCUUCUCUCAGUGGUUGGCUGCCGGCAACUCGAAUUGCAAAGAAGACAACUAUACGGCUAAUGCAGUUAGUAGUACAGAUAACGACUUGUCAGCUUCGCAAUCUCCCACCGGCAUCCACAGGGACAAUACUCCGUCUUCUUUGCAGCGUCCUGAUAAGCAUUCGCAGCACAGUAGCUUGCAAAAUAUCCAAGGAGAUCUUAAUGAUAUAUUAGAUAGAUUGCAGAAUAUGGUUGCUAAUGAUUGCUUACUUGAUGAGACAUACGAUGGCAACGACAAUUGUAAAUUGAAACGUGCUACCACAGAAAUGGAAGAUUUAUUAACUGGCCUCAUUGAAGGUAUGGAAUCUCGUAAAAGUAAACUUACUACGAUUGUUUGAAGACUGCCUUAAGUAUACAAAUUUAGAUGUCGUAACGUUUAGAAAUCUUUAGAUCACAUUCAAUCUUUUCUCUUACUUUCACCGCAAUCGUAAACACUUAUUUCUUGAUCCUUUUUUGAUAGACUUAUUCUUCCGAAAGCGAUAUGUAAAUAUGCCACUUUACGACAUUAUAUCCGAAUGUGAUCUAAUUAUGAUAAACGAUAACGGUUGAUAGGAAGAUCGUGCGGUAUCAUGCACAUCAAUAAUCAAAAUGCCAUACUCGGCAUUAUAUGUGAGAAAUGGCCAUUUCGAAAGAUUAAGUGUUUUUUAUAUGUUUCGUACGUGUAUUUGUAUAAUAUCUGUGCAAUCAUCGGAAGAAUAAUCUAUAUUGAACAUUUUUAUUAAUAAUGAGAAACUAUAUAAUAUAGCAUUUAUAAAAGGAUUAUUUUACGAUAGAAAAAAUAUAGAUAAAUUUUAUAUAUGCAAAUUAUUCUCAGUCAUAAUUCAUUUAGGAUAAUUA